AUGGCGGCGGCGUACAAGGCGAGCGAGAAGCGCUGGAAGCGCGCGACGGACGAGGAUCUCCGGAACGACGAGGCGCUGGUGGACCCGCGCAACCUCAGCAAGGAGCAGCAGGCGAAAGUGCAGCGCGUAGGCUCCUGGAAGUGGGGUCCGGAGGACAAAGAGCGACCGGUAUUGGCCUUUGACGAUUUUGUGGCCUCGCACCGCGGGUUUUAUGUCAUCCCCAAUGCCAUCGACACCAAGACGCAGCUGCAAUUCGCUCACGCCUGCCUGACCGAGUUUACGGAGGAGCCGCAUGUUACCAACAUGCACCUGCAAAACCAGCAAGAGACAGACAUUUGGCGCAAGGCGCGCGGGUCGCACCCGAAGGAUCCUGCGGCGUCUCCGCUGCUCUCGAAGUUGUGCUGGGCGGCGUCGGGCUACCACUACGACUGGACCGCGCGGAAAUACUAUAGGCACAGCUUCUCCGCCGUGCCCGAGUUGCUGCAGCAGCUUGGCUCCCGCUGCGCUGCUGCGUGCGGUAUGUCGCUGUCGGCCGAGGCUGUGAUCGUUAACUUCUACAAGAGUAAGUCGUCCAUGGGCGGCCAUCUGGACGACGUCGAGUACACGAUGGAUCAUCCGGUGGUGUCGCUCUCGCUCGGCAGUCGCUGCGUGUUCCUCAUGGGUGGGCACACCAAGGACGAGCUACCGCUGGAGAUCCUGCUGCGCAGUGGCGACAUCGCUAUUAUGGGUGGAGAGUCUAGGACGUGCUACCACGGAGUCGCCCGCGUGCUGCCCACCCCGUUUGACGUGCCUAGCGACGACUUCGACGCCCUUCUGCAGAGCGAGGACGACCGGGAGGAAUACGAGGCUGUGCGCACGUAUUUGAGCACCCAACGCAUUAACAUCAACGUGCGGCAGGUGUACCCAGUGGAGCCUGCGUCCACCGAUUAA